AUGAGCUCCCCCAAGAAGAACGACAAUGGCAGCCCGGCGGCAGAACCGCCGACUUUCAAGGAGCAGCUCGACAAGGAGGCAAUCGAAAGCCGGGUUCACCAGCACGAGGGCGAAGGGAACUCGACAGUUAAGACUAUUGUCGACAAGAUAUCGCAUGCCAUUCCGGCUGUCGCCCCUCUCAUCGGCGGAUCAAACUCAGACAACAAGGUGGAGGAGAAUGAAGAGGUGCCUCCAGGGCCUCCCAAUCGACCAGAGCAUGAUACCCAGAUUGAAGAGUUCGUGAGGGAGCAGUAUCGAAGCAACGGCAUCGAGAAUCUGAGCGAGGGAAAGUCGUGA